AUGCAGUCUUAACUCAUUAAAGCCGUAGAAAGACAAAGUCAGUGCAUAUUUACAAUCGUUGACAUACAUAUGUGAAUGACGUCAAAAUGCCACAAGUAUACUUGGCCUUACUAUUUUUUUGCCCCUAUUUUACAGGGACUUGAACACGGAGACAUUGAUUUUUCUACGGUAAACAUAAUAUCAGAGGUUCGAUUGCCAAGUGAUAUUUUGCCUCUUAGUUAUGAAGUGAACAUCGAACCAAAUUUUGAAAGCCAAAACUUCAAAGGAAAUAUAAAAAUGCAUUUAAAAUGGAUUUUAGAUUCAAAAAAAGUACACUUCCAUGCAGAUUUUAACUUAAUCAUUGAUGAAAGAUCAAUUAAACUAAGCAGAUUAAAUAUGGAAAAUGGGAAAACAGAUGGAAGGGUAACAAUUUUAAGAGGCAGCCGACUACCUCGAAAGGCUAUAUAUGUUUUACACCUCAAAGACAAAAUUAAAAGGGAAUCUGAAUGUCUUCUAGAAAUUUCAUUCGAAGGAAAUAUAGCAGAAGUUGCUGAAGGACUAUUUAAGAGCUAUUAUACCAAUGAGACGAACAACGUCCAAGAAGCAUAUUUGGCCACAAACUUUAAGCCAAACAAUGCACGUCGAGUAUUUCCUUGCUUUGAUGAGCCCGGAAUAAAGGUUCCCUUUAAUUUAUCGAUCGCUAGACCUAAGGACUACAUCACCAUUUUUCACACCCCAUUGCUUAACACAAUACAGCACCCAAUAUUGGACAACUACUGGAUAGAUUUCUUUUACAUCACUCCACCGAUGUCGACGCAUGCAUUUGGUUUUGUAAUAUCUAAGCUUCACAUCUGGAACCAAGUCCAAAUGAUAAAUUCAUCAGACUUGCCUAUCAUUAAUGUAUGGAAUAAUAACUUGCCAUCAGUUAUUUUACACGACAUUCAAAAUAAACUUAACAUCGAAUAUAAAACUAUACAACGUUUUUUCAAUGUCUCAUUGCCCCUUGAAAAGUUUGAUGUAAUUGCUAUCCCCGAUCUACCAAGUGUUCGAUUUGUAAGCUGUUAUGGUAUGCUUAUAGUAAGAGAGUCUGAACUACUAAAAAGUGGUGUUUUUGCUUUUUCGCGUGAACUAGUAUAUCAAUGGAUUGGUAUUUGGAUUACUCCUGAUUGGUGGACAGAUGCUAAUUUGAAUAAGGCGCUAAUUAGUUUUAUAGCAUCAGAAAUAACUAUUGAAAUAAAUGGCGGAAAGGAGUUUAAUGGCAAAUAUCCCAUGACAAUUCUUUACUCAUUAUAUUAUGAACUAAGCAAAAGGUAUCCCUAUUCCCUUAUAACUGGAAUGAAAAAGGAGUCAACAUCCUUUAAGACUGAACUUUUUAUUCGAAUGCUUAAAAUAGUCUUAGGAGAAAAGACCUUUAGAACUGGAAUUCAAAGAUUCAUUUCUAAUAACAAAACUAAAACAUUCAAAGGCUCGGACUUGUGGACUGCACUUUCAAAACAAGCUGUUGAAGAUAAAGCGCUAGAUAGAAAACUAAUUUUAUUAGAUGUUGCUGAAUCUUGGUUAAAACAAAGCCGCCUUCCACUUGUUACUAUUAAAAGAGACUAUAAUUCAGGGACUGCAAUCGUACAGCAAAAAGUGUAUCUAAGGGAAAGGCCUCAUGAUGUACCUGACCAAGAUAAAAUGCUUUGGUGGAUCCCUAUUACGUUAGUCCGGCAAGACACUCUUAACUUUUCAAACUCUAUCCCGUAUAUAUGGAUGAAUAAGACGAAGCAAGCGAAAAUAUCAAACCUGCCCAGCCAAGAUGAGUUCAUAAUUGUCAAUCAAGAAGAAAUCGGGCCGUACCUGGUUAACUAUGACGAAAAAAAUUGGUAUAUGCUGUCAAUGUUUCUAAGAACAGAAAACGGAAGAGGAUUAAUACCAGUUUAUACAAGAGCAAAACUACUUCACGACGCCUGGAACUUAGCCUAUGCUGGUGAAUUAAAUUUUGCAAUAGCUCUUAAUAUGACUUUGUUUUUGAAAAAUGAACGUAAUCAUAUUGUUUGGGAUCCAGUUUUUACGUUUUUGGACCAAAUCGGUAAGCGAUUUGAUGUUUCAUCACUUCAUAAAAAGUUUCAUCUCUACACCAUAGAUCUUUUGGCUCCAUUAUAUGAAACUUUAGGCCCUGAGAAUAAUAAUGAUGAUAAUUGGAAAACUGAUUUACGAAAAUUGACAAAAACGUUUAUUUGUAACGCGGGCUACCUGCCAUGUAUUAAAGCGUCCCGAAAUGCUUUUGAAGUGUGGCUUAACAGCUCAAACCCAAACCUCAACAAUCCGGUACCAAACGAGUUUAUUUGUCCUGUGUUUAUGUGGGGUUCUAUGGAGGAAUGGAUGUUUGGAUUGGAACGUAUAAGUCAGUUUCCAAAGCUUCGUCUUCAAAGUGAUAGAACCUUUUUGUUAAAAAUGCUAUCAGGAUGUCCUGCCCAGCGUGAAAAAAUAAAUUAUCUACUCGAAUUGGCUAUUCUAAAAAAUGUUUCUUUUUUCUCCGAAAACGAUAAAAUAUUAAUCAUUAAUAUGAUAACGACUCGUUCCAUCGGAUACACUACGCUUUUGGAUUUUUUAUCAAGCCAUUGGGCUAAUGUUUAUCAAAUGUUUAAAAAUUCAACAAAUCUAUGGAACAAACUUAUUACUUCUGCGACGGGAAAGUUUACUACCCAAGAAGGUUACGAUACAGCAAAAUCAUUUUAUAAUAAUCAUUACGGACAGUUUGGCAGAGCGCAGCAUAUUAUAGAAAGAUCACUUCGCAAUAUGAAAGAAGAAAUUCAGUGGAGUGAACAAAAUUUGCCUGUAAUAGAACAAUGGAUUGACAACUAUUUAUCUUCCACCCAAUUCUCAAAUACUUAAAGCACGGACAUAUGUAUUAUACUUAUUGUAUUAUUUCUUACAAGUUUAACAAAAUGUUUAUAUCUCGUAUACUUUCUCUUAAAAAUGUUGGAAAACCAAAUUUACUUGUAAAAACAAAUCGUUUUACUCUCUUUUUUACUCAUUUAAACAGAAAAGAAAUAUAGAGCAUUUGGUGUCUCUCAGAAGCUGUAUAAAAUCAAUUAAACAUAAAAAUUAAAGGAAACAUAGUCCUAUACUAAGACUAUCCGCCUGUGGACAGACCAAGUUCGAAGAAUGAGGAAUGACAUAUCUGUAGCUCCACAUUACCUUAUGUACACAACAUGAACUCACAAAGCCUAGGCAUAUAAUUCAUUAUAUUUAUAAUAAAUUGUAUAAAUUGUUUUGCA